AUAUAAAAAUAUUCUCAUCUCUAUUCUGACCACGGCUAUAUAAGAACGUAGAUGGAAUAUCAUCAACAGACUGUCACUGCCGUGUAAACUCCACACACAAAAUGAAAUUCUUAAUAAUCCUCGCUGUUGCGUUGGUCAGCGCCCAUGCAGACGUCUCCCACGUUGUCAGAUCUGGAUCUAGUUCUGGUGACGAUUCAUCCGCUACGGUCCUCAAGUCCGGUUAUGACGUCAGUCCUGAGGGUAGUUUCCAGUAUGAAUACGAGACGUCCAACGGAAUCUCCGGCCAAGCUGAUGGUGUUGUGAAGAAUGGCAACUCUGACAACCCCGCUCUCGAAAUUAGGGGAGGAGUACGAUACACGGCUCCCGAUGGCACCCCAAUUGACUUAACCUACGUUGCUAACGAGGAAGGCUACCAACCCCAGGGCAGCCAUAUUCCGGUCCCCCCUCCAAUUCCAGAGGCCAUCCAGCGCAGUUUGGAUUACAUCGCAGCCCAUCCACCACCAGUUGACCGCAGGCUCGUCUAACAAUUUAUAAUUAAGUAUAAGUAUUUAGUUUUCAUAUAUUACUAUAAUAACAACAGCACACAAUUGGAUUUGUAUAGCGUUGAUUAUGUUUAAAUAAAUACAAACAAAACAAUUA